UCCCUUUGGGACUUUCCCGAAGUCCACGAGUCAUUCCCCUAGUCGCUACAUUACGUUAUCUAUGUAAAACAAGUCAACAGCAGGGAAAGAAUCAGUGCAUUAGUAGCGACAAACAAGAAUGAUGUUUGACAACUUUGUUGUAAAUAUGACGGCGUUGAAUACAAAGACGCUGGCCUUGGUAAUGAUAUUGUACAUUAUUCUACACGUCACAAUAUGCUGUCCAGAUGAUCAAUAUUAUGACAGUUUCGUUGAUGACUGUUUGGAUUGUCCCCUCGCAACUUCUCUUUGCUCCAAAGAAGGGCAAGAUGAACAUUCUUGUCGAAUGAAAUGCAUCAAACAUUCAAGUGAAGGGAAAAAUAACUGGACAUUUGCUAUGGGUCUGGGAAUUUCCCUACUGUUAACGGUUGUGUUGGUUGCAGUAGUUACUUGCUUGAUGUGCAAGCGGUUGAGAAGACAUCUAGGCAUCCAAGAGGUAGACGAGGAUAGUUCAAAUUUAACCUAUGAGACUCAAGAACAAACUGUUCAAUCAGCAUGAAAUCAUUAAAAUUGGAAGAAAGACGUUCUAUUAUCAUAGAGCAAGCAAUACUUUGGACCAUUAGUGGAUUCGAAUUUUGGAAAAACGAAUUAAAGCCGCUACUUUAAAAUGAAAAAUAGCUUUAUAGCUAAGCGAUACCGGAAAAGUUAUCACGUUCUUGUUAGAAGAGUUCGAUCGGACCAAUCAACUGCUUGCUGUAAUAUAUUUUUCCUAACCUUGGAUCCAUCCCUGCUUUAAACGGCUUUAAGAACAAUGACAAGGAAAAUAAAAAUCUACCUAGUUCUUGGGGCUCCUAGGUUUGUACUGAACGAGGUUGAGAAAACAUAUGAUUUCACGUUUAUAUUUUUCUAUACUCUCCAUGUAUAAUCAAACUAUUUAAACAUAAUCUUAGCAUCGAAGAUUUUUAGAAAGUCUUAUAAAAAAAUUGUAAAUAACGAUAUGUAAAUAUAGUGAAGAAUUAUUAGAAUUAUAGCUUAUUUACACGGUAUUAGAUGAUAAAUAUAAGUGCAACCAAA